AUGCAGAAGACUUCUGUGUACUCUGCCAUUUUGGGUAAGCCAGUGAAGACAGUGCAGCGUCGGAAGCAACAGUUCAUGUUCUUGGACGAUGAGCAUUUGCUUGGUGUUGAUGACAGCGUGGCUUUAUCUCUUGCAGCGCCUAGAAAGCGAGCUCGCAGAUCACGGACUGCCGCUCCUUCCCUUGCCCUGGAAGAUGAUGCAGAUAAUGCUGGUGGGGUCAUGGCUGAGGCGAUGCCUGAUGCAGCUGAAGCCAGCGAUGAUGAUCAUGAUGACAAUGCUCUGCCUCUUGACGAUCCAUCAGUUGGCGGCUGCGGCUCCGGCUGCUGUUGGCUCCGAUCCUUCAUCAAGCUCAUCAGACUCAUCAUCGUCAUCCUCAUCCUCUGGCUCAGACUCAGACUCACGUUCGUCAUCUUCCUCGAGCUCCAGUUCAUCCUCAGAUGGUGA